GCUAGAAUUAAAAAAGUCCAUAUCGCAAUUUGCGAUUAGAACUUUGUCUGCUACAAAUUGUGUUUUCCCCAAUUGCCCACAUCGAAUCCAUUGUCUUUUGUCCCUUCUCCCUUUUUUGCCUUGGCCUCCACGUUCCCAAUAAAAGUUUGAAAACCAUUUCUUUGACUUUGCAAAAGUGUUUUACAGUAUUGGUAUUUGGUAUUAAAAACCCUUUUAGCAGCCGCCGAGCCCAUCUAUAUAUAUAUAACUCCACUCGAGAGUGAAACACAGCUCUACUCCAAUAACAGUUACUUUUAUCCUCGACGAAUUAGAUAAACAAAAAUUCAUCAUCUUGUAUUGACUGGUAUGGCUGUUCCUGUUCCUCUGUCCCGCUCUUUUCUGUUCGAAGACAUGGGAGGUGAUGCUUUUCUUAACCCAAUUUUCCUGCGUUUCUUCACAGCUUUUCUCCACUUAACUUUGUUACUUAUCGUGUUCACAUUAUGGCUUCACAAAAAAAAUUGGAGGGAUGGGGAUGAAAGCCAGACAAACAAUUGUAGGAGUACAAGGCUUUUGUACUAUAGGGCUACUCUGUUUUCCAGCUUGGGUCUUUCAAUCUACAAUCUCAUAUUAUGCAUAUUAAAUCUGUUUUAUUGGUAUAGAAGUGGAUGGUCUGAUGAAAAAAUCCUGUCUUCUCUGGAUUUGGGGGUAAAAACACUAGCUUGGUUGGCUCUCUAUCUUUUCCUGCAAAUCCAUUUCUUGAAUUCGAGGGAGACUAAGUACCCACUUGUUUUGAGGCUUUGGUGGGGCCUUUUCUUCUCCAUAUCCUGUUAUUGCCUUGUUAUAGACUUCCUUUAUUUUGAAAAGCACCAUCAUUUAUCUGCUCUGUUUUGGACCUCUGAUAUUUGUUCUUUGGUCAUGGGGUUAUAUUUCUGUUACAUUGGAUUUUUGGGUAAAAUUAAUGAUGAAGACAAUUUUCUUCAAGAACCCUUGUUGAAUGGUGGUGUUAGUAGUAAUGUUAGGGAGUCUGACAAACCUUCUCAAGGUGACCAAACUGUGACUCCUUACUCUACCGCUGGUAUAAUCAGCCUCUUUACUUUCUCUUGGAUGAGCCCUUUAAUUUCACUCGGGUACAAGAAAACAUUGGACCUCGAGGAUGUCCCUCAGCUCGACAUUGCCGAUACUGCUCGAGGGUCAUUUCCAAUUCUGAAUUCUAAGUUGCAGACAUACCGUGAUGAGGGUAAUAAAGUUACCACGCUCAUGCUGGCUAAGGGAUUGUUUUUUACCACAUGGAAGGAAAUUACGGUAUCAGCUGUGUAUGUGCUUAUAUACACGGUGGCUUCUUAUGUCGGCCCAUACCUGAUCGACACCUUUGUUCAAUACUUGAACGGGCGUAGGAAUUUCGAAAAUGAGGGCUACAUUUUAGUUUCUGCAUUUUUCAUAGCGAAAUUAUUCGAGUCUUUGGCACAAAGGCAUUGGUUUUUUAAGGUGCAGCAGGCUGGAUACAGGGCCAGGGCUGCUCUAGUUGCCAAAAUCUAUAACAAGGGAUUGACCCUCUCGAGCCAGUCAAAGCAUGGGCACACGACUGGAGAAAUUAUUAAUUUCAUGUCUGUUGAUGCUGAGAGGAUUGGUGACUUCGGGUGGUAUUUGCAUGAUCCGUGGAUGGUGAUUCUACAAGUUGCCCUGGCACUAGCAAUUUUGUAUCAAGAUGUCGGGCUUGCGUCGAUAGCCGGGCUCGUUGCUACUGUUUUGGUGAUGUUAGCAAAUGUUCCAUUAGGAAGUUUGCAGGAGAAGUUUCAGGACAAGCUCAUGAAGUCUAAAGACGAGAGGAUGAAAGCGACCUCCGAAGUUUUGAGAAAUAUGAGAAUUCUCAAACUCCAGGCUUGGGAGAUGAAGUUCCUCUCCAAAAUAUUAGACCUUAGGAAUGUCGAGACGGGUUGGUUGAAAAAGUAUCUUUACACGUCAGCUGUUACCACAUUUGUCUUUUGGGGUGCCCCUACAUUUGUGUCCGUGGUGACUUUUGUUGCAUGUAUGCUGAUGGGAAUUCCGCUCGAGUCUGGAAAGAUUCUAUCUGCUCUUGCAACUUUCAGGAUUCUUCAAGAGCCGAUUUAUAACCUUCCAGAUACGAUUUCCAUGAUUGUUCAGACUAAGGUUUCUCUUGAUCGAAUUGCAUCAUUUCUUUCUCUCGACGACCUUCCGUCAGAUGUUGUGGAGAAGAUUCCUGUUGGUAGUUCGGAUACAGCUGUUGAGGUCAUAAACGGAAACUUUUCUUGGGACGUAGCAUCUCCUAGUCCUAUAUUGAGAGAUAUUAAUUUUAGAGUGUCGCAUGGCAUGAGGGUAGCCAUUUGUGGUACAGUUGGUUCUGGCAAGUCGAGCUUACUUUCAUGUAUACUGGGGGAGAUGCCGAAAAUAUCUGGGAUAGUUCGGGUAUCUGGAUCAAAGGCAUAUGUUGCUCAGUCUCCAUGGAUACAAAGUGGAAAGAUUGAGGAAAAUAUACUGUUUGGUAAGGAGAUGGACAGACAAAGGUACAAUAGGGUGUUGACAGCAUGUUCGCUGAAUAAGGACUUGGAAAUUCUUUCAUUUGGGGAUCAGACUGUGAUUGGUGAGAGAGGAAUCAACUUGAGUGGUGGACAGAAGCAGAGGAUUCAGAUUGCACGUGCUCUCUACCAAGAUGCCGACAUUUAUUUGUUUGACGAUCCAUUUAGUGCUGUAGAUGCACAUACUGGAACUCAUCUUUUCAAUGAAUGCAUUCUGGGUCUUCUAGAUUCCAAAACUGUUAUCUUUGUCACUCACCAAGUGGAGUUUCUGCCUGCUGCAGACUUGAUUCUGGUCAUGAAAGAUGGCAAAAUUAAACAAGCUGGCAAGUACAAUGACAUUCUCAAAUCUGGAAGUGACUUUAUGGAACUUGUUGGUGCCCACGAGGAGGCUUUAUCAGCUCUUGACUCAAUCGGUAUGGACAAAACAGCUAGUGGUGAGGAGACUAGCUAUGGAAAUGCUAAAGCUAAUCUUAAAAAACAGAAAUCUCAGAAUGACAAAGUAGAGAGUAGUGAUGAAGCAAAAGCUCAGCUUGUCCAAGAAGAAGAAAGAGAGAAAGGAAGUGUUGGACUAUCAGUUUACUGGAAAUAUAUCAGAACAGCAUAUGGAGGACUUCUUGCACCUUUUGCAUUGCUAGCCCAAAUUGUAUUUCAAAUACUUCAGAUUGGAAGCAAUUAUUGGAUGGCUUGGGCAACACCUGUGUCGAAGGACGUGCCACCUCAUGUCACGGGAUAUACUCUCAUCCUUGUUUAUGUUGCUUUGUCAGUUGGAAGUUCCUUUUGCAUUUUGGCCAGAGCCUUAGUCGUUGUGACUAUUGGCUUCAAGACUGCAAACAUCCUCUUCAACAAAAUGCAUAUGUGCAUAUUUCGUGCCCCCAUGUCUUUCUUUGAUUCCACCCCGAGUGGACGAAUUCUCAACAGAGCAUCUACAGACCAAAGCACAGUGGACUUAAACACGGCAUCUAUAAUUGCUCUAUUUGCUUUUGCCAUAAUACAGCUCUUGGGAAUUAUUGCUGUAAUGUCGCAGGUCGCAUGGCAGGUCUUCAUUGUGUUUUUCCCUGUGAUUGCAGUUUGCAUAUGGUUACAGCGGUAUUACAUAGCUUCAGCACGUGAACUUGCUCGGUUGUGUGGGAUAACAAAAGCUCCAGUUAUACAGCACUUCUCCGAAACAAUCUCUGGAUCAAGCACAAUUAGAUGUUUCGAUCAGGAGCCAAGAUUCCGUGACUUGAGCAUGAAAUUAAUUGAUGGAUAUUCGAGACCAAAAUUCAACACAUCUGGUGCCAUGGAGUGGCUAUGCCUUCGUUUGGACAUGUUGUCCCUCAUGACAUUUGCCUUUUCAUUGAUCUUGUUGAUCUCUAUUCCAGAAGGAACAAUUGAUCCUAGUGUUGCUGGGUUAGCCGUGACGUACGGUCUCAACUUAAACAUGCUGCAAGCAUGGGUUGUUUGGAAUCUUUGUUUCAUGGAGAACAGAAUCAUAUCAGUUGAAAGAAUAUUUCAGUAUACUUCUAUUCCAGCCGAACCUCCUCUCGUUGUCGAGGAAAAUAGGCCACACAGUUUAUGGCCCUUGCACGGAGAAGUCGAUAUUCAAGAUCUUCAGGUUCGGUAUGCACCUCACAUGCCUUUUGUGUUACGAGGGCUAACGUGCACUUUCUUUGGAGGGAAGAGGACCGGAAUAGUUGGGAGGACGGGAAGUGGUAAAUCUACUCUCAUUCAGACGCUCUUCCGUAUUGUGGAGCCCACAAUCGGGAAAAUAUUGAUCGAUGGUGUAGACAUCACGUCAAUCGGGCUUCACGAUUUGAGAUCUCGAUUGAGCAUAAUCCCUCAGGAUCCAACCAUGUUCGAGGGAACCAUCCGGAACAAUCUCGAUCCUCUCGAGGAGUAUUCAGAUGAUCAAAUAUGGGAGGCUCUCGAAAAAUGCCAGCUCGGGGACGAGGUCCGGAAAAAGCCCCAGAAACUUGAUUCCACAGUAUCUGAGAAUGGAGAGAAUUGGAGUGUGGGCCAAAGGCAGCUUGUGUGCCUUGGACGUGUACUCCUAAAGAAAAGCAAGGUUUUGGUUCUCGAUGAGGCCACAGCCUCAGUAGACACGGCAACUGAUAAUCUUAUUCAACAGACUCUCAAACGGCAUUUUACAAACUCAACAGUACUAACAAUUGCUCACAGGAUAACCUCCGUACUCGACAGUGAUAUGGUUUUACUCUUGGAUAAUGGUUUUGUCAAGGAAUAUGAUGCUCCGGAGAAGCUGCUGCAGGACAAAUCGUCUUCUUUUGCGAAGUUGGUAGCAGAAUACAGCAUGAGAUCGAGCUCUAGCUUUGAGAAUCUUGCUAAUGCCCGCGUAUAAUUGACGGCAUAUUUUCUUUUUAUUUUCUUAAAGUAGCAAGGGAGCUGAGCCUAAACUAAGAAACUGUGAGGGUAAAUGGGGCAAUUCCAUUACCAACCAGCAUAACACUCUUAUAUACAUGGAAGGAUGAAAACAUAAUUUGACCAUUUUGGCUCCAGAUUACGUCAUUGGUAACACACUCAUAUGGUUCUGUUCUCGCCUUUCAGGUGAUGGGAAUUGGAAAGUGAUGGUAGCAGUAGAUGCCUCAAAAUUUGUUGACUAGCAUUUUUUUUUUUCUUUUUUUGUCAUGCGGUCAUUGUGCGGAAAACACUGUUAUGCUUAUGUGCAUUCUCGAAUAAAUUAAUGUACUAUUGUGCAGUAUGACAAUCACUAAUGUGCAUCAUGUGUUAUACUAUUGUGCAUUAUACAAGA